UUUUUUUUUUUACCAUGUCUUAUUUAAAGAAUAUCAAGACAGCCACACCUCCUUCUGGUUGGACACCCGAGACAAAAUACAUUGAUAGACUUUUUUGGUCUCCCAAUGUCCCCUCUGAUAUCAAAGACUUGUUUCAACCUACAAACCCCAGUGUGGAAGAUCCACGCCGUACCAUCAACUUUAUGAAUCAACAUGUCAAUCUCAUCGGUAGUUUCCCAGGUACAAAAGAUCAAAAGCGUAAUGUCAAGAUCAAAAAGAUCACUGACAAGGAUCAUCCUUGUUGUGGCGCUUAUGGCUUAUUCGCUGCACAAACACUACAGCCCAAACAGUUAAUUAUUGAUUAUUUGGGUGUGGUUGAAUACCAAGACGGGUAUGAAGCCACAUCGGAUUAUGUGCUUAAGUAUGGUACGGAUCUCAGUAUUGAUGCAGGUCGAUGUGGUAAUGAGGCUCGAUUCUGUAACGAUUUUAGAGGCUGUGGGCCAGAACCCAAUGUAUGCUUUAUGAACUACAUGGACGAAAAGACAAAACACAUCAAAGUGGCUAUUUUCGUGAAUGGCAACAGAAAGAUCAAAAAGGGAGAAGAACUGCUUGUCACAUAUGGAAAAUCGUUUUGGGCCAAACGUGGUAUUGACAUGAGUGGGCAGAAGCACAAAGCAUAAUAUAUACCUCUUUAUAAAUUAAAGACUAAGAUUCAUGAACUUUCUUUUAGAGAAACACAUCCACCACUUGCUUGGAUGUCCAUCAAUGUAAAUUCUAUCCACCAAUCGAACCACAAGUUCCUGACGAAGUUGUUGCAUAUAUUGCUUCAUUUGUUCUAUCAUUUAGGCGCUUGAUACAUGGCGUUCAAAGGAAAAGAAGGGUCACUAGGAAUAGAGAAAUUAGAAACAGCCAGCGUACUCAAGGAUUUGAGUGCUUCUCCUUGAGGUGUCAACUUGUUUAAGGAGCCGAGACAUUGUGAAAUAAACAAAAUCAAGUAGAUGAGAACUCGGUCUGCAUUGCCCUUGAUUUCAAAGUUACGAAAGAGACAGUUGGCACGAAAUAAAUCGAGUGCCUCGUCAAUAAUAUCCUCAGUGUUAGGGUCAGC